AUGGCCUCAAUCGAGCAGACAUGGAGCCUUGCCGGCAAGGUCGCUGUUGUUACCGGCUCAGGCCGUGGUAUCGGAAAGGCUAUGGCUAUUGAGCUGGCCAAGCGUGGCGCAAAGGUCGCCGUCAACUACGCCAAUGCCGUCGAGGGUGCUGAGCAGGUCGUUAAGGAGAUCAAGGCUCUUGGUAACGGCUCAGAUGCCGCUGCCUUCAAGGCCAAUGUUGGCAACGUCGAGGAGUCUGAGAAGCUAAUGGACGACGUUGUUGCCCACUUCGGCAAGCUCGACAUCUGCUGCUCAAACUCUGGUGUCGUUUCUUUCGGUCACUUCAAGGACGUCACACCCGAGGAGUUCGACCGUGUCUUCACCAUCAACACCCGUGGUCAGUUCUUCGUUGCUAAGGCGGCUUACAAGAGAAUGGAGAUGGGUGGUCGCAUCAUCCUUAUGGGAUCCAUCACUGGUCAGGCUAAGGGUGUACCCAAGCACGCUGUCUACUCCGGCUCAAAGGGUGCUAUCGAGACCUUCACCAGGUGCAUGGCUAUCGAUGCUGGCGAGAAGAGGAUCACUGUCAACUGCGUUGCACCCGGUGGUAUCAAAACCGACAUGUACCACGCCGUGUGCCGCGAGUACAUUCCCGGUGGUGACAAGCUCACCGACGACCAGGUCGACGAGUACGCCUGCACAUGGUCCCCUCACAACCGUGUUGGCCAGCCAGUAGACAUCGCCCGCGUCGUCUGCUUCCUUGCUUCCCAAGACGGUGACUGGGUCAAUGGAAAGGUCAUUGGCAUUGACGGCGCUGCUUGCAUGUAA